CUCAAAUCCAUCUUUCAUCUCCAAUAUGCUUCUUUCUGUUUCACCAGCAAGAUUUAACCCACUUCACCUUAACACCCACCUUCAAAGACAACCCAUUUCUCACACAACACCACUCAAUAAGCCUACAUUGUUCACCAGAAAUUCCAAGACUCGUCAUUUCAUUUCCAUUACAAAAUGCACGGCUAAAGGCAACAUUGUUUCUCUCCCAGUCGUUUCUCCUCAUUUUAAUGAUAAUGAUGAUGAUGAACUUGUCAUGCAACAGAAACCUCAGGAGACACAAGGAGUGAAGGAGAAGAGUUUCUGGGGUGCUGUUAGUUUGAUCAUUGGUACAGCUGUAGGGCCCGGCAUGUUGGGAUUGCCGGCUGCAACAAUAAGAUCAGGCUCACUUCCUUCAAGUAUGGCUAUUCUUCUGUCUUGGGUGUAUGUUAUUUCGUCAAUCAUUCUGGUUGCGGAGCUGACUUUUGCAGCCAUGGAAGAGGACGGGGUUGAAGAAGUGAGCUUUACUGGUCUUGCAACAAAAGCAUUGGGGAGUCACUUUGGUGCAUUUGUUGCUGUGGUUUAUGCCAGCUUGAGUUUUUCUUUGUUAGUGGCUUGUGUUUCAGGCAUUGGUUCAAUUGUGUCUCAGUUGUUUCCAUGGAUGAAUUUUGUAUUGGCUCAUGUUUUGUUUCCUCUGGGGGCUGGGAUUGUAAUUGGGUUCUUUCCUUUUAAGGUCAUUGAUGUUGCAAAUAGGUUUUUAUGCUUCCUUAUGUUUUUCUCCAUAACUGCACUUGUGGGAAUUGGUUUAUCUGUGGCUAGAAGUAAUGUAUUAGGUUCCUUUGCUUAUGCCUCCUGGAGUCUUUCAUCAAUUUUGCCUGCUAUACCUGUAACAGUACUCACAUUAGGGUUCCAUGUUAUCACUCCUUUUAUUUGUAAGAUUGCUGGGAACACUGUAUCUGAGGCUCGAAAAGCAGUAUUGAUUGGUGGGGUUGUCCCAUUGAUUAUGGUUCUGUCCUGGAAUUUGAUUGUUUUGGGGCUUGCUGGGACAAACAGAGCUGCCUCCUCCAAAGACCCCAUAUCCCUCUUGCUUUCAGUUAAUCCUUCUGCUUUAUCUGCAGUUCAAGGCUUUGCAUUUGCCGCUUUGGCUACUAGCUUCAUAGGAUAUGCUGUUAGCUUGCCAAAGCAGCUUGUUGAUACCCUGGAGUUGAUUUUUGGGAAAGGGAAUUCGGUAGAACAUAAUUUCCAUCAGUCUCAAAUGGUUUCUAAAGGAGAUGGAUUUGGAAGAGUUGGGUUUGUAACUUAUUCAGGUGAGAGUGAUCAAGGAAAUAUUGGGAGAAUUUCAUUUAAUGGCUCAAGGGGUAUUGGUGCCUCAGAAGAUAAAUCUAGACCAAGCGUAGCUGGGUUCAACAUAUUGGAAAGAUUUGUAAUGCCACUUGUUCUGAGUCUUCCAGUUCUCAUAGCAUCAUUCUUCCCCUCAACCUUUUCAAGAGCUCUAGAUUUUGCUGGGGUUUAUGCAAACUGCUUCUUGUUUGGCAUUCUUCCUCCAGCAAUGGCAUACAUACAGCAAUCGAGGAAGAAGCUCAGGUCAUCCAUCCUGCCAGGGGGAAAUGGUAUACUUUUGCUUCUUUUUGGCAUUGCUGUAAUUUUGGGGAUUUGGCAUUAGAUGUUAGAUCUAACAGAGUAGUAGUGUCCUCUGCAAAGGUCUAAGGUGACAUUGACAAUAACUUCUUUGUAUAGUUAAAAUUUAGUACCUUUUACGGGUAAAAGACUCAUAUAGCUGUACAACAGAUCUUUAACUCUAAUACAAAUCACGCAUUUGUGGCGGAGGGAUUG